AUGAAGCUUUUUCCAGUUUACGUUCUUCAUAGUGGUGAAUGUGAAGAAAAUAAGUUUAUCAAUUUCGUCAACGAUUGUGUAAUAAUCGAGUCGACAUUCAGCUACAACAAUUUAGUUGCAGCUAUUUCGGAACAGAUUAGAAUCGAUUGUGAGUUAAACACAUUGGAGAUUAACUUUCUCCCAAAGGAUGGUUUGCCACCGAUCCUGAUUUACAACGAUACAUGUGUUAAGGUGUAUAUCGAAUUAAAGAAGAAACACUUGAAUUUCACUGAAUACCAGUUGUAUGUGACGGUGAAAGAGAUUUAUGAUAAUCGUUUGGUUGGUACAAGUUCCAGUUGUUUGGUUGCUAGAAGUUCCAAUUGUAUAGAUGUAUCCACAAUUGAUAGCACUGAGAUUAUGCCUGAUAUCGAAUUUAUUGAAAACACGAAAUUUAGUGAAAACACGGGUAUAAUAGAUGAUAUGUUGAACGAAUUUGUUGAGGAAGAUCAAGUUUACAAGGAUAAAGAGACAGUUGUCAGUGUGAUGAAGAACUUGGCUGUACGCGAGAGGUUCCAAUUCAAGGUGAAGAGAUCAAGCGCAACAAGGUAUCACCUUAUGUGUGUGAAUGACAAUUGUGCUUGGAGUUUCAAAUCUUCUGCCGUUUACAAGGCAAACAUAUUCAAGGUGAGAAGUUACAAUAAUAAUCACACAUGCGGCUAUGGUGAAAGAUACUUAACACAACGUCAAGCUAUUUCGGGUGUAAUUGCUAGUAUAGUCAAGGACAAGUAUGUUAAUCCAAAAAAAGUUUACACCGCAAAUGAUAUAAUAGAGGACAUACAAAAGCAACAAGGGAUUGAAGUGAGCUACAUGAAAGCAUGGAGAGCUAAAGAGAUAGCAAUGGCAAUGAUAAGAGGGAAUCCGAGCGAUUCAUAUAAGGAGUUGCCAAGGUAUUUGUAUAUGUUGGAGCAUACAAAUCCAGGAACGGUUAUAAAGUUGCACAAAUCAGAAGAUGGAUGCUUUCUUUAUGCAUAUAUUUCGCUAUAUGCAUCUAUCAAGGGUUGGGAGCAUUGCAGACCGAUAAUGGUUGUUGAUGGAAGUUUCCUUAAAGCAGCAUAUAAGGGUACCAUAUUGACUGCUUGCACACAAGAGGGAGCUGGAAAAAUCCUUCCACUUGCAUAUGCAAUUGUAGAUUCAGAGAAUAACAAAUCUUGGGAGUGGUUCUUCGUCCAGAUAAAGGGUACUUUUGGUAAUGUCAAGCGCACAUUCAAGAAACAUCACAAACAAUUGAAGGAUAUCUUCUUUUCUUUGGCUAGAGCUUACACGAUAGAGAAGUUUGACUACCAUAUGACAGAGAUGUGCAAAAUUGAUCCGAGGGUGCAACCUUACUUGUUCGAAAUUGGCUACGAAAGGUGGUCUAGGGCAUACUCCAAAGUGAAAAGGUUCGAAAUUGGCUACGAAAGGUGGUCUAGGGCAUACUCCAAAGUGAAAAGGUCGAUGGUAUUGACUUCCAAUAUUGCAGAGUCAAUGAAUGCAGCAAACAAGGAUGCUAGAGAGUUACCAGUAAUGCGAUUGCUGGAGUACAUGACAAAUUUGCUACAACAGUGGAACAACAAAAACAUAAAAAGUGCAAUGGAGACAUCUACAGAGCUUGGCGAAAAGUACGACAAAAUACUUCGGGAAAAUCUGAUUGCAUCGGAGCAAAUGAAGGUGAGGCCUGCUACGGAGCAGUUAUAUACUAUGCUUGAAGGGGUAAGGGGAAACAUAGUGUGCCUUGAAGAGGGAACAUGCAGUUGCGACAAAUUUCAAAUGAAUGAACUUCCAUGUCCGCAUGCUUGGGCGGUUUUAAAGAACCAGCAGUUGAAACCUGGCCAGUAUUGCUCUUUUUACUACAAGAAGGAUAACCUCCUUAAAACUUAUGAAAUUCCAGUGAAUCCGAUGCCAGAUGAGAGUUUAUGGGUAAUCCCAAUAGAUGUGCUGGAAGAUGUGGUCCUACCACCUAAAGGGAGAAGGAAUGCAAGAAGGCCAAGAAAGGAAAGACUCAAACCUGCUUCAGAGAAAGAGUCUAAGAGGGCGUUUUCAUGUUCUGUGUGUGGACAAAGUGGUCACAAUAGAAAAACAUGUAGGAAUCGACCAAAAUAA